AUGCUCCUUCCCCUCCUGCUUCUCGCUCUCUCGCCAUUGGCACAGAGCCUGACAACGUCGGAAUUACGAUCAAAAUCCAUAUAUCAAGUUCUUACAGAUAGAUACGCUCGAGCUGAUGAGCUCAUUACGGCUUGUGAUCCUGCGGAGAAACGACAUUGCGGUGGAAGCUGGAAGGGAAUCGAAAGGAAACUGGAUUAUAUCAAAAGAAUGGGAUUCGAUACUAUAUGGAUAUCCCCUGUUGCUGCGAAUAUAGAUGGGUUAUACGCCCACGAAUCAUAUCAUGGAUACUGGUCAUCGAACAUCUUCGAGCUCAACAGACGUUUUGGGACACCGGAAGACUUGAUAGAUCUCAGUGCUGCUAUACACGCCAGAGGAAUGUAUCUCAUGGUGGAUGUCGUGACUAAUCAUGUUGGUGCAGAAUCAAUGGAUACCUUCCUUCCCUCCAACAAAUAUGGACCUUUCAACUCUCCAGCAGAUUUCCACCCGUAUUGCAUUCCAGAUUGGGACGAUCAAUGGGAGGUCGAAAAUUGUUGGCUAUCUGACAACAUGCCCGACCUGAAUACCGAAUCCCCUCAUGUCAUUGCGACACUUCACAGCUGGGUACGGGAUCUGGUCAAGGUAUUUCAUAUAGACGCAAUCAGGAUAGAUACUGUGAAACAUGUCAGGAAAGAUUUUUGGCCCGGUUUUGUCAAAGCUGCUGGAGUAGUGGCUAUAGGCGAGGUUCUGCAUGGAGAUCCGGCAUACUUGGCACCUUAUCAGAAAGAAAGCAUGACUAGCUUGUUCGAUUUCGCAUCUUUCUUUCACAUACGUCGCGCAUUUGAAAAUCCACUCGGGUCCAUAUCGGAACUUGUUGAUAUGAUAUCUAAAGUUCACAGAUUGUUCCCUGAUCCUACUACUUUAGGGUCUUUCUCAGACAAUCACGACUUUCCGAGAUUCGCCGGUCUGGCUCAUGACCCUGCAUUGAUCAUGAAUGCUGCUGUGUAUCCUUUCGUCAAUGAUGGUAUACCGAUAUUCUACAUGGGGGGAGAGCACGGGUUGACGGGUGGAGAUGAUCCUAUGAAUCGUGAAGCGAUGUGGUUAUAUGGCUAUUCCGAAGCAACAAACACAUUUAAAGCAAUCAAAUCAUUGAAUGAAGCGCGGCGUGCCGCAUACGCUUCACAUCCUCUGUUUCUGUCAACAUUGAUGAGGGCUUUCCAAUUGGAUAAUCACACUAUUGCACUAUCCAAACCGCCCCUACUAUCGGUAUUGACGAAUUAUGGAACUUCCAUGGCGGCUAUAGGAAUGUAUUUAGCGCCGACUCAGACUUCAUUCAAACCCAUGCUACCGAUUAUAGAUGUCCUCUCAGGCCAAAUUUUUUCCACGGAUCCCCAAGGAGGAUUAACGGUAUCGCUAGUGAACGGUGAACCAAGGGUAUUUUUACCUCUUUCCGUGCAGCGAGGUCCAGCAGGAAAGGAAAAAUGGGCAGCGAUACUUCCACAGACCGAUUUGAGCUCAUCCAGUAAAGCAAACUCCCCUGGAAGUCCCGUUAGUCCCGGUGGUCAUAGGCUGAGACCCAGUUUGAGUGGAAUCAUAGGUUGGUGGUCAAGUGGAAAGAUCAGUAAGUUGAAUGAUUUAUAG